AUGGCCGUCAACGCCAACGAAGACACAGAAUUUAACGACGCUUUGCGCAAGUACGGUAUCCUUCCUCCACGACCCCCUACCCCCCCAUCUCCGUCCCCACCUUCUUCGCCGCAGCUUGACGAUUUCCUCGACGAUUUCACCACUGAUGAACUCCAGGAACUCGCCGACGACACGAAGGAUGAUGAGGCAGAGAAGAUGAUCAAUGCAUUCAGGGAACAACGGUUGGCCGAGGAACGGAGCAGGAGAGCCAGGUUUGGGAGAGUCUACCCAAUAGGGAGGGAUGAUUAUACCAGGGAAGUCACAGAGGCGAGUGAGGUGGAUGAAGACGGCGACGAGGCUCAUACAGGCACCGCUGUGAUCUGUUUCCUUUACAAGGAUGGACUACCACGUAGCGAACGUGCAUAUGCACACAUCCGUGCGCUCGCAGAGCGACAUCCAAACACCAAAUUCGUCUCUAUCAUCGGCGACAAGUGCAUACCAAAUCUCCCGGAGUCACGAGUACCCAUGAUUAUCGUCUAUAGAAAGGGCGAAGUAGUUACACAGAUUUUGUCUUGGGGUGCCGAUAAAGAGAGGUCACUCGACGGUACGCGACUGCUGCCCCUUUGA